AGCCACUGGAUCAACAUGAAGGUCCUGCUGGUAGAGCUCCAUGCCUGGGGACACAACCUGACAGUGAUCAGAGCCUCAAACAGCUGGUACAUUGAAGAAAAGUCUCCCCUCUAUACAUCCAUUAGCCUCACAAUGGAAGAGAGCAUGGAGAAUUAUUUUGAUGAUUUUGUAAAGGAGAAUAUAAAGGUGCAGAGAGAGGGGGCAUCGUCACUUACUGUCUUCAAACUCAUCAAGAAUUUCAAUUCCAUGGUUCUGGAAGUGCAUAAAUUGUGGGUUAAUAUGACUGCUAAACUCUUUGAUGAUGAAAAAUUGGUCAAAAGCUUACAUGAUGCCAAAUAUGAUCUUGUUCUAACUGACCCAGGUGUGGGGACGGGAGUCUUUUUAGCCAAGUAUCUGAAACUGCCCUUGGUGCUCAAUGUUCGCUGGAUCACUUCAGGGGAGGGCCACUUUGCGAUUGCCCCCUCACCCCUCUCCUACAUCCCAGCGCCAGGAUCAGGCUUAACAGACAAAAUGAACUUCAUCCAGAGGGUCAAGAACAUACUGUUCCAGAGUGUUAUUGAAUACCAGCAAAGAUUUGUGUUGGGGCCAGCAUAUAAUACCCUCUGUGAUAAAUACAUUGAGGGGGAAUGCAAUAUCAUGUCACUUCUCCAGGAAGCAGACAUUUGGCUGUUCAGGUCAGAUUUUGUGUUUGACUUUCCUCGACCCACGAUGCCAAACGUGGUCUACAUAGGAGGGUUCCAGGGAAAACCAGCUCAGCCUCUGCCAGCAGACCUGGAGGAGUUUGUUCAGAGUGCCGGGGAGCACGGAGUGAUCAUCAUGACUUUGGGAACUUUGGUUAAUGCUUUGCCUGAAGACCUUGCUGAUGAAAUCGCUAGCGUCUUUGCCAAGAUGUCCCAGAAGGUGAUAUGGAAGCACAAAGGGAAACGACCCUCUACUUUGGGGAACAACACCCUAAUAGUGGACUGGAUGCCCCAGAAGGACCUCCUGGGACACCCACAGACCAAAGCCUUUGUAGCUCACGGAGGUACCAACGGAGUCCAGGAGGCCAUUUACCACGGGGUCCCUGUGCUCGGCAUACCGCUGUUCUUUGACCAGUUUGACAAUCUGCUACGCCUGCAGGAGAGAGGAGCUGGAAAGAUCCUUGAGCUAGCUCAUGCCAACAGACGCAGUUUUGAGCAAGCCAUCAAUGAAGUGCUCCAUCAGGACAGCUACAGACAGAACAUUCAAAGGAUGUCGCGUCUGCACAGAGAUCAGCCGAUAGCACCCAUGGAUCAGGCCGUGUUCUGGGUGGAGUAUGUGAUACGCCAUAAAGGGGCUCCUCACCUUCGUACAGAGGCCUAUAAGAUGCCCUGGUACUCAUACUACUCUUUAGAUGUACUGCUGGUAUUGAUGACGGCAGCAACUGUGCUGCUGCUCUCUACUUUUGCAGUUUUCAGGUUCCUAUGCUGCAGACAAAGAAGAAAGUCCAAAACCAAACAACACUGA